GGAAAUGGACAUUUGAGCCGAGACGUGACCGAGAGAAUUUUUUGGUAAAGUGAUUCAAGGGCUGGUAUUGAACUAAGGGCCUGCACCUGCGUCCUGUGCUCGAUUGACCCUUUUAUGGAGCAGGUUACUGACCCUUGGGAAUUUUGUGACACUAAUUACGUGUGAAAUAGCCGGAGCCGGUAGUGCAUGACGAGGGAGUGAGGAGACAACAACCAUGUCGGUGGCUCCGUCCCGCGUCGGUAGCCGCAUGCAGCAGUACGAAGAUGGCGUCAACGACGAAGACCACACCACAGCAGAUGGCGCCAUGGCCGUCCCCGGCGGCGGCGGCGGCGGCGGCGAAGACGUCGCUCCUGCAACGCCGCGCCACGAUAAGGCGCCGAACUCCCUCAGUGCUUCUUUGGCGCUAGUUGGCAACGGCGCGCAUCCUGAAAGUGACGACGACGACGCUGAAGACGACGCCGAUCCUCCCAACCCCGUCAACGGGGGCUACUGGCGGCAGGGCGCCUCGCGAGCUGCGAGCCCCACCAUGGCUGAUAACGCCAGCGACUCGUCCAUGAUCCCCCCGGCGAGACCCAAAAGCCGCGUCGAGAUGGCCACCAGCAGGUACAAUAACUUAUCCUACUGGAAGGCUCGCAGAGUCCUUUUUUACAAAAACGGGGACCCGUUUUUCCCCGGAAUCGAGUUCCGGUUCAAGCCCGGAAGAGAUAUCGUCAGUCUGGAGUCGCUGUUGGACAAGUUGUCGUUACGCAUGGACUUGCCACGUGGUGCAAGAUAUAUUUUUUCCAUGGAUGGGGAUAGGAAGUACAGGCUGGAUGAGUUGGAGGAUGGGGCUUCCUACGUCGUGUCUUCGUAUAAGACGUUUAAGGCUGCUAGCUAUGGGAAGAAAAACGGGAUUUGGUACGCGGCUCCGGGAGGACAAGGCUGGAGUAAGGCUACGAGUCGGAAAGCUUCAAUUGCAGAGACUGAUGCACCACCCCCGGGGGGAGGGACGAUUAAGCCCAGUUCCGGGAGAGUGAUUAGGAUAAUUAAUAAUAUGGACCACACUGUUCAGUGCCGCGUGCUGUUGAACUUGCGCACCUCCCAGCCCUUCGAGGAAGUCCUCGAAGACCUCGGCCAAGUUUUGAAAAUGAACGGUGCGAAACGCAUGUUCACAGUGUCAGGUCAAGAAGUGCGCAGUUUUUCACAGUUACGAAACGAAUUCGCUGAUGUGGACACUUUUUAUUUGGGAGUUGGAAGUGUGGGAGGUGGGGUUGGGGGUGUGAUGUUAUCACCGGUCCGAAGGGCUCGCUCACGCGCUCCUCAAACGGCGAUCGUGGAGGAUAUGAGUAAACAAAGACGGGCGCGGAGCAAAAGCCGACCUAGGGCCCUCUACGCCCCCGAAAGUGAAAUAGUCCGAACCAAUGGUGAGUUAAAAUUUGCUCAAGUUUGGCUUAAAGUGCUCUUAGAUUAUACGUUGUUAGAAGUACUGAAGGAGGAGCCAGUGAGGGUCACUAUUAAAGGCUUGAGGAGGACGUUUUAUCCUCCCAUACAUCAUGCACCGAUGGAUAAUACUCCCCCUGAGAAGAAAAUGCAAUUGGAGUGGGUUUAUGGGUAUCGUGGGACUGACUCGAGGAGAAAUCUAUGGGUCCUCCCAACGGGAGAAUUGCUUUAUUUUGUUGCAGCUGUUGCAGUGAUGUAUGACCGAGACGAAGAGGCCCAAAGGCACUACACGGGUCACACUGAAGACAUCCAAUGUAUGGACUUGCAUCCCUCGCGCGAGAUGGUGGCCUCGGGUCAAAGGGCAGGCCGAAACCGCAAAACCCAAGCCCAUAUCAGGAUCUGGAGCACUGAAACCCUCCAAACGCUCUAUGUUUUCGGAAUGGGGGAAUUCGAAGUUGGGGUGGCAGCAGUGGCCUUCUCACAAUUGAAUGGCGGUAGCUAUGUCCUGGCCGUUGAUGGGGGCCGAGAGAGCAUUUUGUCGGUGUGGCAGUGGCAAUGGGGACACCUUUUGGGGAAAGUAGCUACCCUCCAAGAAGAACUGACCGGAGCUGUUUUCCACCCUCUUGACGACAAUCUCAUGAUAACCCACGGCAAAGGGCAUUUGACGUUUUGGAAUCGACGCAAAGAUGGAUUCUUCGAACGUACUGAUAUUAUCAAGCCUCCCUCUCGAACACUUAUCACUGCACUUCAGUUUGAGCAAGACGGCGAUGUCAUCACCGCAGACAGUGACGGUUUCAUCACCAUUUACAGUGUUGAUAGUGACGGUGCUUAUUUUGUUCGUUUAGAAUACGAGGCUCACAAUAAAGGGGUUAGUUCUCUGGUGAUGCUAUCGGAAGGAACGCUUCUUUCCGGUGGUGACAAGGAUCGGAAAAUUGUCGCUUGGGAUUCGCUUCAAAACUAUAAGAAAAUCACGGAAACUAAGCUUGCCGAAUCUGCUGGUGGUGUUAGAUCGAUUUAUCCUCAACGCCCUGGGCGCAAUGAUGGGAAUAUCUACGUGGGGACCACGAAAAAUAAUAUUUUGGAAGGGUCGCUUCAAAGGAGAUUCAAUCAGGUUGUUUUCGGACAUGGGAGGCAGUUGUGGGGACUUGCAGUGCAUCCAGAUGACGAAGUUUUUGCCACAGCUGGUCAUGAUAAGAAUAUUGCCUUGUGGAGGAAGAAUAAAUUUAUUUGGACUCUACAAGUCGCUUUUGAAUGCAUUUCUCUAAGUUUCCAUCCCUUCGGCGUCGCUUUAGCCGCCGGUAGUACCGAAGGUCAUCUUAUAAUCAUCAACACUGAAACUGGUACCCUUAUUAACACCAUUCGAGUUUGUGGUUCACCCCUCAGCUGUGUUGGCUACAACCCUACCGGAGAUAUGAUCGCAAUAGCGUCACAAAACGGAAGUAUCUAUUUGUUUAGAGUGAGUCGAGACGGAUUUUCUUACAAAAAAUCGAACAAAAUCAGAGGCUCGCAACCUCUCAUCCAAAUGGACUGGAGUACGGAUAGCAAUUUCUUGCAAACAGUCACUGCCGAUUACGAUUUAUGUUUCUGGGACGUCAAAUCUUUAUCACCGGAAAAGAGUCCGAUUGCGAUGAAAGACGUCAAAUGGUACACCCAAAAUUCAACAGUUGGCUUUUUGGUCGCCGGUAUUUGGAACAACCGUUUCUACCCUAUGACUUCCAUCAUCAGUACCGUGAGCCGAUCCGCAGCCCAUGAUUUACUGAUUUCAGGCGACACUGAUGGCUAUAUCCGACUUUUCAGAUACCCAUGCUUGAGUCCUAAAGCCGAAUACAACGAAGAAAAAGUGUACAGUGGUCAAGUCGCCUGUGCUCGAUUCUUAUUCAACGAUAGAAAUUUGGUAACAGUUGGUGGCACUGACGCUGCCCUCAUGCUGUGGGAAUUGACAGAAGAAUAGCAAAAAGCGUCUUUUUUGUACUUGCCUUCGAUAGUUAGACGUUAUGAUGAUAAUGAAGAUUCAGAUUUCGAUUCGUCUUUCGAAAACUCUUUUGAAGUUCUCAACAUUACAUACUGAAGAGCACACAUAUCUUCACAUAGAUCUAAAUUUAGACCAAAUAAGUUUUAAUCAGGUGUUAUUAUGCUCUUAGUUAAAGAAUUAUAUUUAUAAAUUAGUACCGAAAUGUGGAUGAGAACAUAAAGUGAUACAAUACCUCAAUUGCAUUGUUAGAAAAGCUUUAACAAUAAAAAUGGGCGAUACGAAACAUUUCACCUUUUGUUGAAUUAGUAUAAUUAUUUAUCUAGUUAUAAAUACACCUGGAAACUGCCAAUAGGUAUAGAAUUUAUUAUAAUGAAUACUAAAUGUAGAAAAACAAAGCAAUGCAUGGUAGCUUCAAAUAUUAACCUA